AUGGCGACUGAAGCAGAAACCCCAGAACCAGUUUCAUUAACGAAAGGGCAGUCUGAUGGCUUGGUGGAUGAAAUUUCCCCAGGUGAAUUAAAGGAAUUCCAAGGUCUGCUUAAUUUACCUCCUGCAAAUGCUGAAUACUCGGUGGAAACAGGAAAAAUGCAAGUACCCACUGGGCCAGAAACAGUGAACACUAGAAUUCAAGGCAAUGUUGAAAUCGCUGAGGGUGAUAGAUUUUUUGAAUCACCCUCUGCUGUUGAGAUUGCCUGUGAAGUAUCAAAACAGAUGGACAAUGUAAAAAUUGAGAUUGCGGAUAAGACCGGAAAUGCGGGAAGCGAAGUCAUGGAAGAGUCCGAAGAGAAACCAGAGAAGAAUGACAAGAGCCCUGUCAUUGAGAAUCUUACAGGAAACAGUUCACUGACGGCAGAGAUUGAAGAAUCCAAUCUCAUCGGAAAGGGAAUUUUAAAGGAGGAAAGGAGCAUUGAUCCACAUUCUGAAGUUAUUACAGACCAAGAUGUUUCUGAUGAAGAUAAGAGCAUGGAGAAAGAAACAGUUGACAUGCAUGAAAAUGAGAAAGUUGAAUCCAAUGAGGAAGUUCUUGGCAUACCUGAGGCCAAACUGGAUCAAAAUGGAGAAGCUUCAAUUCAUACACCGGAUUUAACCGUCGUCAGCUUGAACAAGGAUGGUGAAACCAUUAUGGAAGAAAAAUCAGGAGAAACAAACUCUAAAGAAAUAGAAAAUGAAGCUGAGAAGUCCACUAAUUUAGUUGGUGAGGAAAAGAGUCCCGAGGCAAUUGAAUCAAGUGAAAUAAUCGGAAAUGGAAAAGAUGAGAACAAGAUAUCGAUGAACAAUGGCACUGGAGACGCCUUCACCCAGAGAAUAGCAGUGCUUCCAGACAUACAGAGUUAUGAAGAAGAAAACUUGAAAAUCUCGGAGGCUGAGGAGGAAAUUGUGUACAAGCCAUAUGCCACACCGGCAACAGAAGCUUCAAGCAUACAUGAAGAACUUGAACUUAAAGAAAAUACUGAAGUUAUUGAGAAAAUUGCAAAAGAUGAUUGCAUUUCAAGUGCAAAAGACGAGAGUCAUGAAAGCCCUGAACAAGAAGGGGACGGUUCAUUCAUGAAACAUGCGGGUACAUUGGGUGUAAAUGAAGGGGCGGCUGCAACUGAUGCAUCAUCAAGUGAGGACAGAAACGAGGAUGGAAGUACUUUUAUGGUGACCAAGGACAAAACAGGUGAUACAGAAAUAAUUAAUGCCUUGGAGGACAGUCAAAGUGGAAUGUCGAGCCAUGAGGAAAGGUCGGAGGGCUUGCAGCAAAAUGAACCAGAAGAGGAGAAGCUUGAGAGAUCCUUAAGUGUGGUGGAUGAGGAUUUUAUUGUAGCUACUUCAACUGAAUAUGCUCAAACUAUUGAAGAGGAAGCAUCCAUCAAAAUCCAUGAAGAAAGGUUUGAGCGAAAAAUCACUGAUGCCUUGGAUCAUAGUCAAAGUGGAACAUCCGACCACGAGGAGAAGCCAGAGAACUUGCCGCAAAAUGAACCAGAAGAGGAGAAGCUUGAGGGAUCCUUGAGUGUGGUUGACGUGGACUCCAGUAUAGUUGCUUCAACUGAAUCUGCUGAAACAACAAGUGUCCAAGGAGAAACACCCUUCAAGAGCCAAGAAGAAAGCUUUGAAGAAAUAAUGAAGGAAGACUUACCAAUCCACACUGACACUGAUAGUAAAAAUGAGAUUCCAGAAGAUGAGAAUGUACCUCAAAUUGAAUUGAAUGAGAUGAUAGAAGGGGUAGAAGUUGAGGUCCCAAAUGAGAAUGCGAAUGACAUACAUGACACCCAUCCAUUGAUUGAAGUAGCCAAACAGACUGAAGAAAUAAAUUUGGAUAACGUCUCCAGCCUUGAACCCCAAGGAAAAGCUCAGGAAGUAAAUGAAGCCACACCAGAAGAGGAGAAGCAUAUCGAAGAUCAACCUGAACCUUACCAGAGCUGGAAUCUGACAAUCUUAGAGCAUCCAUCUACGGAAGGGAAAGUGAAAACAGAACCGACACCCCAAACAAAUGAAACAGAUAUAAAAGAACUCGACGAUGUACCUGGAUUGGAAUCUGAUGAAAAAUCAACGAUCAAGGGUAACAUUGCUUCAGAAAAGUCAAAAGAAGAGAACUAUAUAGAGCAAGUUGUAGAACUAGACUCAAUUGAACAGGUGCCUGUCAAGAGCUUAGAAGAUGAGGAAAAGAAUGCAGAUGAGGCCACAGGAGAGAUUAGUGAGAACUCCAAGACAGAAAGAGCGGCAGAAAGCAUUGAACAUGAGGCAAGUAAAACCACCGAAGGCCCUCAAGAAAUUCCUGAUACUUGCCAUGUGAAGGAAGAAGAAAGUUUGCAGAAAGAAGGGAAGAACAUAACUGCAACAGAGUCUUCGCGAGAGGAGAAACCAGAGCAAAAUGAGACAUUUAGUUCAGAAGCCAAUGAAACACCUUUCCAGAUGGAGGAAGGGGCUCCACAAACUCUUGAAGAAGCUCCACAUAAAGAAGAAACUGCAAAUGAAACAGAAGAGAAUAAUGACACCAAGGGCAACAAAAUAGCAAUAGAAGAGGAUUUUCAAGUAGUUGUUGAAACAUCUGAUGCAAGCAAAAGCACAGAGAGUACCAUCCCCGAACCCAAGACAGAAAUCAGUAAUACGGUGGCUGAAGACGAAAUCAAAAUGGAAGAUACUGAAGAGUUACAUGAAAGUUGUAAGGAUACUGGAAAGGACAAGGAAGCUGAGAAACAAGACAGUAAGGAAGACUAUGUUAUCUUACCUGAACCUUCUGAAGAAAAAACAGUCCAAUGUUCUGAAGAGAAUAAAGAAGAGGAAGAGGCAUCCAAAAUUGAGGCAUGUACACAGUUGGAGGCAACUAGUGUAACAAGUGUACAAACUCAGGAGGAGGAAAGCAUAGUUGGUCAGUCUAGAGAACUUGAAGCAGAGAAAAUUGAACAGAGCUCUGAGGAAGGCCAUACAGUUACAGACAUCUCAUCGGAAUCGAUUGAACAAGAAACAGUUGAGAUCUAUCUAGGAGAUGCAAAUGAGGCAGAAAAGUCAGGAGGAGACCUCAAUCCUGAAUCAGUUGAACAAGCUCCUGUCAAGAAUUUAGAAGAUGAGGAAAAGACAGCAAAGGAUUUCAAAGGAGAGAAUUUUGAGCACGGGAUGGAAGAAACAGCCGAGAGUAUUGUGCAUGAGACAUGCAAAACCAAUGAAAGCCCCAGAGAAAUUGUUGAAACUUUCCAGGUGAAACAAGGAGACAGUUUGCAAUGUGAAGAGAAUAAUGUAACAGUAACAGAAUCUUCUUCGGAAGAGAAACCACUGGAAAAUGAAACCGCAGAGCAGCUUGAGAAACCUUUAUCUUUGGAGUCCAAUGAAAAUAAGGCAUUUAUUUCAGAUUCUGAUAAAGUGCAUAGCCAAAUGGAGGAAGGUCCUCCUCAAAACCUUGAAGAAGCUUCACCGAAAGAAGAGGAGAAGCUUGAGAGAUUCUUAAGUGCGGUGGAUGAAGAUUUUAUUGUAGGUGCUUCAGCUGAAUAUGUUGAAAGUAUUGAAGAUGAAGCAUCCAUCAAAAUCCAUGAAGAAAGGUUUGAGGAAAAAAUCACUGAUGCCUUGGAGCACAGUCAGAGUGGAACAUCCGACCGCGAGGAAAAGCCUGAGAACUUGCCCCAGAAUGAACCAGAAGAGGAGAAGCUUGAGGGAUCCUUGAGUGUGGUUGACGUGGACUCCAGUAUAGUUGCUUCAACUGAAUCUGCAAGUGUCAAAGGAGAGACACCCUUCAAGAGCCAAGAAGAAAGCCUUGAAGAAAUAAUGAAGGAAGACUUACCAAUCCACACUGACACCGACAGUAAAAAUGAGAUUCCAGAAGAUAAGAAUGUACCUCAAAUUGAAUUGGAUAAGGUCUCCAGCUUUGAACCCGAAGGAAAACCUCAGGAAGUAAAUGAAGCCACACCAGAAGAGGAGAAGCAUAUCGAAGAUCCACCUGAACCUUACCAGAGCUGGAAUCUGACAAUCUUAGAGCAUCCAUCUACGGAAGGGAAAGUGAAAACAGAACCGACACCCCAAACAAAUGAAACAGAUAUAAAAGAACUCAAAGAUGUACCUGGAUUGGAAUCUGAUGAAAAAUCAACGAUCAAGGGUAACAUUGCUUCAGAAAAGUCAAACGAAGAGAACUAUAUAGAGCAAGUUGUAGAACUAGACUCAGUUGAACAGGUGCCUGUCAAGAGCUUAGAAGAUGAGGAAAAGAAUGCAGAGGAGGCCACAGGAGAGAUUAGUGAGAACUCCAGGACAGAAAGAGCGGCAGAAAGCAUUGAACAUGAGAAAGAAGGGAAGAACAUAACCGCAACAGAACUUUACAGAGGAGAAACCAGAGAAAAUGAGACAUUUAGUUCAGAAGCCAAUGAAACACCUUCCAUGGAGGAAGGGGCUCCACAAAAUCUUGAAGAAGCUCCACAUAAGAAGAAACUGAAAAUGAAACAGAAGAGAUAA